AUGAAUCAACAAAAUGUUAGUGUAGAGUUUAUGAUCAGUAAUUUAAAAUUAUUAGUCGACAGUAAACAAUAUCAAUCAGCAGAGUUAUUGGGAAAUUUUAUAAUAUCAAUACCAAAUACACAAAAAACAGCACACAAUAAUAUAGUUUCAUUCUCUUUAUUUGCAGAUACACUAUUUGGGAAAAAUGAAUUCAUCAGAUCUUUAAAAUACUAUAAACAAUGUUUAGAUGUAUUAUUCAAAGUUUAUAAUAAUCCAAAUUUAAAAGAAAAAGAAUUAUUACUCUCUUCAAUUCCUUCCACUUUUGAUAGUAAACAGUUUGAAUAUGAUUUAAAAUAUAAAAUAUCAAUUUGUUAUAAUAAAAUAUCAAGACAUUCACUAGCAUUAUCAUAUCUCGAAUCAAUACCAUUUGGAUCAAGAAAUUUUGAAGUUCAUCUCACUAUCAGUAGACUUUAUAAAGAAUUGGGUAAAGAAAAGACAAGAGAAUGUAUUAUUAGUUUAAAAGAGGCGCUUAAAAUCUGUCCAUUAUGCAUCGAAGCCAUCGAUUUAUUAAAAGAGAUUGGUGAAAAUGUUGAAAGUAUUUUGGUACCAUCCAUCAGUAUAUAUCAACAACAAAUGAUUAACAAUAGCAAUAAGAAUAUUAAAAAAAAUAUCGAAAGUGAAAACAUAAUAGAUUUAUCAUGGAUAUCGUUAUUAUCAAUGUCGCAAAUGGAAAUGAAAAAAAAUUCACCAGAAAAAUCAAUUUCAUUACUAAAAAAAAUUGAAUCAAAAUAUUCAACAAAUUUGUACGUAUUGGAAAAGUUGGCAUUGGCAUAUUUAUAUCAUGAUGAACCAUCAAUUGUAAAUACAUUUAAUAUAUUUCAAAAAAUUAGAAUUUUAGAUCCUUAUUAUGUCAGUUCAAUGGAUGUAUUUUGCUCAUUAUUGAAAAGGAGGGGCUUACCGCUCGAAUUAAACAAGGUGUGUAACGAUUUAGUUACAGCAAACCCAAACUCUGCUGAAACAUGGACAUCAGUAUCGCUGUUAUAUUUCUUUAAAGAGAAUAUCGAAAAGUCAAUAGAGAAUGUAGAUAGAGCGAUAAGUAUAAAUGAGUCACACGAAUUUGCACAUUCAUUAAGAGGUGAAAUUUUAUUAUCAUUAGAUGAACCUAGAGAAGCGCUUCCAUCGUUAGAAAGGGCGUUCCAACUAUCAAAGAACAUUUUAACAGCAAGAGAGUUGGUUAGAUGCCAUUUAAUAUUGAAUCAAAUGAGAGAAGCUUUAUUUGUCGCUGAAACUAUUAACCAACUAAGUCCAGAAUGUUCAAAAACAAUGGCUCUUUUAGGCAUGGUGUUAGCAAAUCAACCUGAAGAGAGAGAAAAAGCAAGAAAAAUACUCUCAAAAGCAUUAUCUCUUUCGCCACAUUGUACAGAUACUGUUUUAACACUAAGCAAGCUAAAUGUUGUCGAAGGCAGAUUCCAAGAGGCUGUCGAUAUUUUAAAUAAUCAAUUAGAAUAUCAAGAAACCGAUUUGAUGCAUACAGAAAUUGCAACUGUAUACUUAACUAAAGAUAUGCACGAAGAGGCUAUGAUCCAUUUCAAUAGUGCUUUGGAAAUCAAUCCUCAAUACGAGCCAGCAUCAAGAGGUUUAGCUAGAUUAGAAAUGAUAAUGAAGGGCAUAGAUCCUGAUCAAGAAUCAAUCGAAGAAACUGAUGAUCAAGAAGAAAACGUGGAGGAUGAAGACGAGGUUGAGGACGAAGAAUAUAUAUCAUAA